GAGGCGAUGCGGAGAGCUUGUCUUCCAACCCCGCAAUUGCAGAGCAAUAUAUUCGGCGGGCUGGAUGAGAGUCUGCUGGCCCGCGCCGAGGCUCUGGCGGCGGUGGACAUCGUCUCCCAGAGCAAGAGCCACCACCACCAUCCGCCCCACCACAGCCCCUUCAAGCCGGACGCCACAUACCACACCAUGAACACCAUCCCGUGCACGUCAGCCGCCUCUUCUUCGUCCGUGCCCAUCUCGCACCCGUCCGCGCUGGCGGGCACCCACCACCACCACCACCACCAUCACCACCACCACCAUCAGCCGCACCAGGCACUCGAGGGCGAGCUGCUGGAGCACCUGAGUCCCGGGCUGGCCCUGGGCGCCAUGGCGGGCCCCGACGGCGCCGUGGUGUCCACGCCGGCUCACGCGCCGCACAUGGCCACCAUGAACCCCAUGCACCAAGCCGCGCUCAGCAUGGCCCACGCGCACGGGCUGCCCUCGCAUAUGGGCUGCAUGAGCGACGUGGACGCUGACCCGCGGGACCUGGAGGCGUUCGCCGAGCGCUUCAAGCAGCGACGCAUCAAGCUGGGGGUGACCCAGGCGGAUGUGGGCUCAGCGCUGGCCAACCUCAAGAUCCCUGGCGUGGGCUCGCUUAGCCAGAGCACCAUCUGUAGGUUCGAGUCCCUCACGCUGUCACACAACAACAUGAUCGCGCUCAAACCCAUCCUGCAGGCGUGGCUCGAAGAGGCCGAGAAGUCCCACCGCGAGAAGCUCACCAAGCCUGAGCUCUUCAACGGCGCCGAGAAGAAGCGCAAGCGCACGUCCAUCGCUGCUCCGGAGAAGCGCUCGCUUGAAGCGUACUUUGCUAUCCAGCCGCGGCCCUCCUCCGAGAAGAUCGCAGCCAUCGCGGAGAAGCUGGACCUUAAGAAAAACGUGGUGCGCGUCUGGUUCUGCAACCAGAGGCAGAAACAGAAAAGAAUGAAAUAUUCCGCCGGCAUUUAG